AUGGCGCAAUGUCCCAAAGUGACCGAUAGAUUAGGGGAGUCCAUUGCUUUUUUCAACUAUCAGCUGGCGGUAGAGGAGCGAUUCAAAAUCGGCCCGAGACUCGAAACUGGCUCCGAACUAGAAUCCGGUUUGGAGCAUUUGCGUGAUGGAUUGCCGCGCACUUGCACGCGCCAACGCACCAACACAAACGACUAUGUAAAGCCGGCCGAA